CAGUGACAACGUAUUUCCGGUCCCCAGUUCCGACUCGGCCGCAGGGAAAAGUGCUUCUCUGGUUCGCUAACUCGGCUACCCUGGAGGAUUCAUGCGCGUUUGAUAAGGUAACUUUGAUGAAAUCAUGACCAGGUGGGCACGAGUUACUACCACACAUAAAAAGAGACCUUUGGCUGCAACAUCAUGGGAGGACAUGAAGAAGGGGUCCCUUGAGGGAGAAGGCCAAAACCUACCACAGGGCAAGCAACUUGAAGCUAACAGACUCUCUGUUAAAAAUGAUACACCUCAAGCAAAACACAAAAAGAACAAAAAGAAAAAGGAGUACUUAAAUGAAGAUGUAAAUGGAUUCCUGGAAUACCUAAGGCAAAACCCACAGAUGGUUCGUAACGGGGAGAGGAUAGCAACAGACAGUCAAGAGGUAAGGGAAGAAAUUGCAGUUGCUUUAAAGAAAGAUAGUCGCCGGGAAGGAAGAAGACUAAAAAGACAAGCAGCAAAGAAAAAUGCAAUGGUAUGUUUCCAUUGUAGAAAACCGGGCCAUGGGAUUGCAGAUUGCCCAGCCGCCCUUGAGAAUCAAGACAUGGGCACGGGAAUAUGUUACCGGUGUGGGUCCACAGAGCAUGAAAUAACCAAGUGCAAAGCGAAAGUAGACCCAGCUCUUGGUGAAUUUCCUUUCGCAAAAUGUUUUGUUUGUGGGGAAAUGGGACAUCUGUCCAGAUCUUGUCCUGAUAAUCCCAAAGGACUUUAUGCGGAUGGUGGUGGCUGCAGACUUUGUGGCUCCGUGGAACAUUUUAAGAAAGAUUGCCCUGAGAGUCAGAAUUCAGAUCGUAUGGUCACAGUUGGUCGCUGGGAAAAGGGAAUGAGUGCGGACUAUGAAGAAAUUUUAGAUGUGCCUGAACCACAGAAACCCAAAACAAAGAUACCUAAAGUUGUUAAUUUCUGAUAACGAUUAGUACUAUCAUUAGUUACCACCUCAUUGUUAACCUUUCUGAACUGGGCCUACCUUACAAAUUGGAGCUGAGCUCCCUGGGAGACCUGUGUUGUAGAUACCAGGAUGAUGUGCGUAUGGUCCAAUAGUUUCCUGAGUGCUGUUCAUUAAAGAGUGCCUCUAUCACUGGAGAAAAUCUUUGAAGAGAAAAGUGCAAGAUUUUUAAAUUGGAUCCUCUAAAUAAAAGAAUAUUUUUUUUA